GAGGGAGGACGCAGUUUCGGCCUUCGGGCCUCGCGGAGACCCGCUGCGCAAAGAUGUACGGAUAAGGGGAUAUAAAUGGGUCCUCGCCGCAGUCCGAGGGCAAAUAUAGACCAGCAUAGGACAUCAAGGGGAAAAGAUUCCCGAUGGGCCAAACGGGACCGAAUAGCACCGGUAUGGAAAUGCGAUCGGCCUUUAAACGUCGAACCGCGCGCAGCUAUGUUAAUUCCCGCGCGUGUUAGCCAAGGUGUAACUUCUGUUUAUCUUCGUAUCGGUCCCCGGCCAGAUUUAACGAAUACGGACAGACCACCUUCGAGAAACGAGAAAAUCAGCCGCACCAUCUUUCUUAUCUGUUUUAAAUAUCCUAAAAUUAUGUGUAUAAAAUAUUGCACGAAAUUUCGAAAUAUCUCGGAGUCGUGUGUGACACAUGAAAAAUGUCAGCUCGUACGAUUCUUGCAUCCGGAUCUUCACGCGCGUGCUCAUUCAUUGUUGCGGGCUCGGUGGAUCUCGCCUACCGAUCGGAUCAGACGUGAUGGAUUCACUUCGCGUGGAAUGGAAACGCGAGUGACGGCUACGAGCGGCGACUAAGAACGGAAAACGAAUACACGACAAUCGUCCUUUUUCUCGCGUGUCUCUUCAGUACACGGCUCGCAAAGUAUAACUUAUGGCAAAAGGAGGGAACUCUCCUUGUAAAGCAGAUACAGCUAAGAACCGACAUUAAUGGCCCCAUUUGUAUGCCGCGUGGCAAGUACUUUGCGAUAAUA